AUGGCUUCAAAGGCCCAGAGCAAGCAAUUAUUCAGCACUAGCUCCCCUUGGGAAGUUUCAAUCGGCUAUUAUCGUGCUAUACGUCGUGGCAAUCUAAUAUUCGUGGCCGGGUCAACUGCAACAGACCCAACAUCUCCACCGGAAGCUCCAAAAGUACGAUUUCCCGGUGACGCUCGCCGGCAGACAAUUUUGAUCCUCCAGGAGAUCAUCCAAGCGAUUCAGGCCGUUGGUGGCAAGGGAGCUGAGGAUGUGGUCCGGUGCAAGAUGUACGUGAGGCGCAAGGAAGACACUUCAGCAGUAGCAGCAGGUUUCAAGGAAAUAUUGGGCCAGGACGGUACCGGCAGAAUUGGAACGACUGCCACGAUGAUUGUUGUGAAUGGAUUCGUCGAUGAUGAAAUGCUAGUGGAAAUUGAAGUUGAUGCGAUUGCGGACGAUUGA